AUGAACUCCGAAGAAAGGGGGUCAUGUUUCCGGUGUAGAGAAAAAUGGUCCCAAGAUCAUAUUUGCCCAAAGGGAGUCAAAAUUCAUCAAAUUGAAUACUAUUCAGCUGGAGAAAGUGAUUCUGAUUCUUCAGACCAGCAAUUAGAUUGUGAUGACAGCGAAGUGGAAAGAGUUCCCGAAGAAUUUGAAGGUGAAAGAGGAAGUGGGGGUACCUUGGCUCAACUUUCAAUCUUUAAAAAAAAUGAAUCCUUCAAGGUUCGAGGGAUGAUUAAGGGGCAGCGAAUAGUUGCUUUGAUUGAUACUGGAGCAAUGCAUAACUUCAUUGAUGAAGUGGUGGUGGCAAAGAAAGGGCUGCAAACAGAAGAUUUUGAAGGCUUCAAGGUUAUGGUUGCUGAUGGGUUUCACAUUUCUUGCACCAAGAAGAUCCCAAAUAUGUCUAUGCAAUUGGGCAAUUACGAAGUCAAGGAUGACUUCUAUGUAGUCAACAUUGGAGAUACGGAUGUUGUCCUAGGCAUUCAAUGGCUGCAUUCACUUGGAGAGAUCUCCCUAAAUCUGCAAACCAUGGAGCUCAAGUUUCAAUCCGAUGGGAAGAAGGUGGUGUUAAGAGGAAUGUCUAACGGUGGACCUCAGAUCGUGUCAUUCAAGCGAAUGGCAAAGUUGAUUCAGCAUGAUCAAGUUGAGUGGGCUGUGGAAUGUAUGAUUCUCCCAGCAAGUCCAGUUGAAACAAAGAGGGACUACCCUCCUGAUAUCCAGUCCUUACUCACCAGGAAGAGUAAAGUGUUUGCUGAUUUACCUCCUGGGCCACCUCCCGAACGAGGCUCAGAGCAUGUCAUAGAGCUCAAGGAAGGGGCUAAACCAGUUAUCACAACUCCAUAUCGGUACCCUAAGAAGAAAAAGGAUGAGACUGAGAAAAACAUUAAUAAACUCUUGGAGAUGGGCUUCAUUCGUCCAAGUAAGAGUCCUUUCGCUUCAGUAGUUGUUCUUGUGAAGAAGAAGGAUGGUACCAUUCGCAUCAGGACAUGGGAAGAACACCUCAAGCACAUAGAGGAAGUGCUUAGCAUCCUUGAAUCAAAAAGUCUGUUUGCCAAAGAAUCAAAAUGUGAAUUUGGAAUGAAGGAGCUACUUUACCUUGCUCACAUAAUCAGUGCUGAUGGAGUGAAGCUUGAUCUCGAAAAGAUCAAGGCAAUAGUUGAUUGGCCACCCCCAGAGAACUUGACUCAUUUGAAAGGGUUCUUGGGUCUUUGUGAUUUUUAUAGAAGAUUUGUGAAGGGCUAUUCACAUAAUGGUUCUCCUCUUACUGACCUCGCGAAAAAGGGAGCUUUUUGUUGGACAGAAAAGGCUCAAACUACUUUUGAUAAGUUUAAGAAGAUCAUGAGCUCUUGUCCAGUUUUGGCAAUUCCAGAUUUCUCCAAGCCCUUCGAGCUACAGUGUGAUGCAUCUGGAGAAGGUGUUGGGGCUGUUUUGAUGCAAGACAAGCAUCCCAUUGUGUUUGAGAGCAGAAAAUUAAGAGGUGUUGAAAGGACCUACUCCAUCUAUGAGAAGGAAAUGCUUGCAAUCAUGCAUGCAUUAGCUAAGUUCAGACAAGAAGAAUGGCCAUUCUUGCCUGGCGUCACUGCUGGGAACUGCCUUGGGGUUCGCAAUAAAUAA